GCUUUCAAAGGGGCCCAUUGUUGGCAGAGUGCAGAGGGAGCGAGUUCCUGUGCUUCUUCGGCUAACGGAACGCAGAAAGGAUGGGGGAGAGGGGAACGGCAGGCUUGGGAUAGCCCCUCCAGCCCGCAGAACCCGCAGAUCCGUGCAUCCACCUGGCUUUCAGCGAAGAAAUGCUUUCACAAGAUCAGUUUCUUUCAAAACUGGAAGCCACAAAAAACUGGGACAAAAUGGAGCCUUGUGGGUUAAUGUGUUUCUAGUUUGUCUUGGUUGUGAGGAGCAUUUUUCGUCUGAGCAAUCGAAGAGGACUGGAAAGUGAGGGGUUUCGGGGGGGUGGGGGGUUGCAUCACAAACUGCUUUUUUUGGGGGGGAGCAUAAAAUAGCUCCUCUCGAGUAAUUGUUUUGUUUUAACAUUUGAGACUUUUUGGUAACCUGAAGGACUACAUGCAUCGAUAAGUUUCCUGGAGGAAGAGAAAGGAUAAACAAAAGAACACAAAAGACCAAGGGAAAAAAAACUGAUUAAAAGUGCGAGCGGGUGGGGGAAAAAAGCAAAUGAAAAUGUUGGAGAUCUGCCUGAAAUUAGUGGGGUGUAAAUCUAAGAAGGGCCUCUCGUCGUCCUCCAGCUGCUACUUGGAAGAGGUUUUUCAGAGGCCCGGCUUUGAGGCCCGGAGUCUGACCGAGGCGGCGCGCUGGAACUCCAAAGAGAACCUGCUGACCGGGCCCGGCGAGAAUGACCCCAACGUGUUUGUGGCAUUGUACGAUUUUGUGGCCAGCGGGGACAACACACUCAGCAUAACUAAAGGAGAGAAGCUCAGAGUCCUGGGCUACAAUCACAAUGGCGAGUGGUGUGAGGCACGGACCAGGAAUGGCCAAGGGUGGGUGCCUAGCAACUACAUAACCCCUGUUAACAGCCUGGAGAAGCACAGCUGGUACCAUGGGCCCGUGUCCCGCAACGCGGCUGAGUACCUUCUCAGCAGCGGCAUCAACGGUAGCUUCCUGGUGCGGGAGAGUGAGAGCAGCCCAGGCCAGAGGUCCAUCUCCCUGCGCUACGAGGGCCGAGUCUACCACUACCGCAUCAACACUGCGUCUGAUGGCAAGCUGUACGUUUCCUCCGACAGCCGCUUCAACACAUUAGCCGAGCUGGUGCACCACCAUUCCACAGUGUCGGACGGCCUUAUCACCACUCUGCACUACCCAGCGCCCAAGCGCAACAAACCCACCAUCUACGGUGUCUCGCCCAGCUACGACAAGUGGGAGAUGGAGCGUACCGACAUCACCAUGAAGCACAAGCUGGGAGGCGGCCAAUAUGGCGAGGUUUACGAAGGCACGUGGAAGAAAUACAACCUCACCGUGGCCGUCAAGACCCUGAAGGAGGACACAAUGGAGCUGGAGGAGUUCCUGAAGGAGGCAGCCGUCAUGAAGGAAAUAAAGCACCCAAACCUGGUUCAACUGCUGGGCGUGUGUACUAGGGAGCCUCCCUUUUACAUCAUCACGGAGUUCAUGACUCAUGGGAACUUGCUGGACUACCUGCGCGACUGUAAUCGUGAGGAGGUUAAUGCCGUGGUGCUGCUCUACAUGGCUACACAGAUCUCUUCUGCCAUGGAAUACCUGGAGAGAAAGAACUUUAUACACAGGGACUUGGCAGCUCGGAACUGCCUGGUCGGGGAGAACCACCUUGUGAAGGUUGCAGACUUCGGGCUGAGCCGUCUAAUGACAGGAGACACUUACACGGCCCACGCCGGCGCCAAAUUCCCCAUCAAGUGGACUGCCCCUGAGAGCCUAGCCUAUAACAAGUUCUCCAUCAAGUCUGAUGUGUGGGCCUUUGGGGUCCUGCUGUGGGAGAUCGCCACCUAUGGGAUGUCCCCGUACCCAGGCAUCGACCUAUCACAGGUGUACGACCUCCUGGAGAAGGAGUACCGCAUGGACCGCCCAGAGGGCUGCCCAGAGGAGGUUUACGAGCUCAUGAGGGACUGCUGGAAAUGGACUCCUGCAGAGCGACCGUCCUUCGCUGAAAUCCACCAGGAAUUUGAAACCAUGUUCCAAGAAUCCAGCAUCUCUGAUGAAGUGGAGAAGGAGCUGGGGAGGAGGGGCAUUGAGCUGGAUUUGACCUCCAUACUGCAGGCCCCUCAGCUGCCCACCAAAACCAGGACACUGCGCAGGAAUGGGGACAGCAGGGAAGGGGACAGUCCAGAUGCGGGGGAGCUUGAGGGGGCCACAUCCCCCUCGAUGCUUAGGAGAGAGAGGCCAUUCCCAGACAGCAGCCUGAACGAGGAUGGCCGUCCACUGCUCCGGGACCGGGACCGCUCCAGGACCGGCCUCUUCAACCUCAUCAAGAAGAAAAAGAAGCCUGCCCCAGCCCCACCCAAACGCAGCAGCUCUGUCCGGGAGGCAGACACACGCGGGGACCGCAAGGGACCAGUGGAGGGCUGUGGAUCGGGGGAUCCUAAGGAUGACCUCGGCUCAGAGCCUGUCAAGUUACCAGGCACCAAUAACAACACUGCAGGUGUCAAUGGAACACCCACCUGCCCUGGACCGCCGGGGGGGCUCAAUUCACAUGGCAGAAAAAAGGCUGCCCCUGCGGCAUCCGGCAUUGGAGUGGCCCCCACCUCAUUGGGAGAGGAGGACAACUCCAAACGCAUCCUCCCCUCAUCUUCCACCACCGUUGUGACCACCGGGUCCCAGCGUACUGACUGGAAGUCGAUGACGUUGCCACGUGACCCGGUCUUGUGCCACUUAGACCCUGGAAUCUCUGGGGGCAGGCGUGACAAGCCCACAUUUCCUCGCAAGAGGACCAUCGAGCUGCGGUCGGAGUGUCCUAGCUCGGGCACCAUCGCCCUGCCAAUUCGGCCACCCAAAAAAACGGAGGACGGGGCGGAUGAGUCCAGCCCCAGCUCCUCACACCUAACCCCCAAACCAGGUCAUCAUCCACAGGCUGAGCCACUCAAAUCGAGCAUGGUCCUGGGGCUGGUGGCAGCCAAAGAGGACAGCCGCACCCGUCGGUCCAAGCAUGCCCUCGAGCACCUGGUGCCCAGGGACAAGGGGAAGGCCCAGGGCCAGAAGUCGGCUCUGCCGCCAUCGUCCACAGCCAAAUCUGGAAAGACUUUCCGAAACCCCAGCCAUGACCUUCCACUUGACACUAAGUCCAAAACCCUCCCCAUGUCCUCUGACCUUCACCGGGCCAGUGGGGCCUCGACAGAACGGGCAAAGACCCCUCAACAUUCGGAGGGGCCUAAGAGACUGAAUGUCAUGAACUCAACCAAGCCACAGGUGUCGAAGAGCUCACCAGCUUGCCAGACUUUUUUGCAGUCCCAGACAGGUUCUCAGUCUGGCCCCCCAAGUGGUGAUCAGCCCGCCACCCCAGCCUUUGCACCCCUAAUGACCACCCGUAGCUCCCUAAGGAAGACCUGGCAGCUCCCAGAGAGGCACAGCAGCUCCGCUGUCACACGGGAAAUGGUGUUGGAGGGUACCAAGCAACUUCGAGCUGCAGUCGACAGGAACUCUGGCCAGACUGGCAGCUACGCCGCAGUGCUGGAGGCAGGCAAGGACCUGUCCAAGUUUUGCGCAGGCUAUGUGGAGUCCAUUCGGCAGAUGAGAAACAAGUUUGCUUUUCGGGAGGUCAUCAGCAAGCUGGACAGCAGCUUGCGUGAGCUGCAGACCUGCCCCACGGCCAGCGGGGGCAGCGCUGCACAGCAGGACUUCACCAAGUUGCUUUCUUCUGCCAAAGAGAUCAGCGAUAUUGUGCAGAGGUAGCACAGGAACCUACAAGGCCUGUUCCUUACAUGGUGGGAGGGAUGCCACUAAAGGGAGGAAUCUCUGCCAGACCUUGGGAAUGGAGGAGACGUACAUUGAGAAAAGUGCCUUUCAGUGAACUGCCAGACCUCUUCUCGGCAGAAGUACUGGGCACAAUAUCCAAAGAAUUUUUUAUUGUACAGUAUGUUCAUUUUUUCCUUUUUUUUUGUAACUUCACAUUCCUAAUACAAAUGCAACUCUACUAGCCUGUAUGGGGUGGUGGGUAGGAAGCAAGGGCCCAAUUCUGCAUCACUUGAAUUGUGUUUUUCAGUAUAGGUCCAUUUUGUUUUGUGUUUUUAAUGUUAUUUGAUAAAAUUUGUAUCAAUGUUUUUUUAACUGGUAUUCAAAACAAAGUAGCUUAAUUAAGCUUUAGAGAAAUCACUGUGCCAAUAAUGCAAACCUCAUAUACUGACUGUUCUUGUUCGGUGAAUACCAGUUGGCCCUUACAUUAUGAUGCUACAGGUCUCAAUAUGGUAAUUUGUAUUUUUUUUUUUUUUUUGAUGAUGAUGAGGUGUGGAGUCAUGAGAAAAGCAUGUUGCCAGUCCUAGCAAUGUUUUGAUUGAGAAUAAUCUAACUGAGACACAGAAAACUAUUCUCAAACUGACAAGGACAGGGACUCAUAGCCCAUGGUGCAAUGUUUAAUUUCCUUUUAACAAAAAUAAUUCAAUCAGUAUUGUUACUAAGGUUCAGCAGUAUCCAGAUUUAUAUUUAUAUGUACUUUCAUUAAAAAAAUAUUUGGGUACACAGAAUACCAUUUUCAAAAUAUCAAUUAAUUAAUUAAUUAUAUAUCGGUGGCUGGGCUAGGUAUGAACAUCCCCUCUUUAUUUUACCACUUGGUGGCACUGAUUAGAAUGGCACAUGUUGAGUCAUUUCUCAAUCAAUUUAACAUUUCUACAAUUUCACAGAAUAGAAUUAGGCCAUGUUUACUUUAAGGGUCCCAUAGGCUAUCUUGUCACUGUCAAAAGCAGAAAAGCUCACAGGAUAAUGUUCUAGGGCACACCAAGAUUCCAAACUGGCCUCCCCCCUCACCCUCCGGAAAUACAAACGCACAUGGAAGAGCAUCAGUCCCCCCACUAGUUGUCUCUCCAUUCAGUUUAGAAUUUUGAAUCCCCUCUCCAAAAUGAUUACCUGGCUACGCCACAGCUCAAAGCAAUAGCAUAUAUUGAAAGCUUUCCUAUCCCUGUUCCAGUUUUACCCACUGGUCAAACCAGUCACAGUACAAUCUAAAACAGGAAGGUUGCAUGAAUAGCUGUAACAAAACUGUAGCAAUAUUCAACAAACUAAUGAUGCAUGUUUUCUCACCCAAUAAUAUAGCAAAUGAAAAUUGCUGGCAUAUGAAGAUGCAUGUAGUUCUAUAAAGGGUUCAUAAUUCAUUGAUUUCAGAGUCUAUGUUAUUGUAAACAUCUCAAAAGAAGGUUUGCUCUUGGAGUGGUGCUAAAUAAACAGUUUGACACUACAGUGGGGUGACCUUUAUGAAAGUUCAUGUUGCACAGUAUGGCAAGCACUAGCUACUUGAACUGCAGUGAUUUUGUCCGUCAGGCAAUCAACAUUGGGUUUUAGAUAAAUUGUGGCCAUUGAUAAGCUUAUUUAUUUCUACCCGAUAGCUUAAUGGGGAGAUCCGCCCACAAAUAUGUUGUCUGUUUUACAUUCUCUCCCCCUCAGUGGCAAACCAAAAAAAAAGAUGUUUAAGGAAUGUGUAUUAAUGCAUACGCUCUAAAAAAUGGUGCUCAAAUGGUUUGAAGGGUAAUGAAAUGAGUAUUUUUAGUCUUACAUACCCCAUUACAUGGUAUUACUGGAUAUUGACUCAACCCGAAUUCUCACCAGCAGCUAGCAUAUUAAUGAUCCUCUGUUUAACUCAUCAUAGUUCGUUUUUCUGCUGCAGGUACAUUACAGGAUGGCUGUUAUCUUUACAAGGGCUCUCUCGUUUAGAAACAUUUUGCAUAUUUACUGGGGAGGAAAGUUAUGGCUAUCACAGCCUUUCUGUCUGUCUCUGAAUAGGAUAAUUCAAAAGGUUACAGAUGGGUUUGGAUGUAACUGUGAAACCGUGACUUAAAGAAGAUUUCAUUUUAUUUUAGUGUUACUACAAUGGUGCUAAUGCUAAUGGUGGCAGAGCUACCAUUGACUUCCCUUUAUCAAAUAUGCCCAGGACUGUUGUGAUGUUGUGAGGCAGUGCAAUUAAGAUGAGAACACCAACACACUAUACAGUGAUAGAAUAUGCAAUUAUCCAAAAAAAAAAAGGGUUGAAUGAGCUACAUGUAUGCAUGAUUGCCUCAGAAGCCAUUAACACUGUGAAAAUGAAGCCUGUAAUCUGAACGAUGAAGACUGACUAUCCAGUCACAAAACUGUGUAGGACUACAGGACUACUCGUCAAAGGACUAUUUAAGUAGCUUUUAGUAAAUCACGUGUUAUCUUUGCGUAAUUAAAUUAGGACCACCACUUUCAGCAGGGAGAUUGGAGAAGAACCGGGAGACUGCAUUAUUCUCAAACCAUGAUGUUUGGACAGAAAUAUAUACACAUAUUUUUUAUUUUUCCUGUUCAUAAUGUGGUUUCAAAAUCGUGAGUAUUGGAUAACCUUGCCAGCUGAAUUCUGGACUGGAAAAGCAGAACAUAGUAUGAACUAUAUAAGGAAAAGUAUGAAAUACAUUAUUUACAAGAUUACCUGAAAUGCCACUUUUUUGUGUUUUGCUUUUUUCUUUUUUCGGCUUUACAAGAGCAUUGCCUUGUGAUUGCUGUGAUUUUUGCUGUAUAUGGUGGCCACUUCUAGUCUAGUUUGCUUUGGGUUUGGUUCUUCCUCUCAAAUGUAGAUACUAUACUUUUUAGAUAUGCAGUUAUUUCACGGAAGUAUGUCCCUUAAGGUGCAAUUCUUAUUUGAUGCAAAUACAAAGCUUUUAUGUUACUUGAACCAAAUCGGUACGUGUUUGUUUUGUUUUUUUUGAUUUGGUUGUUGGAUUUUUUAAAUUCACUUAUCUAUGUAAAUUUUAAAGCACUGUUGUUUUUUAGAUACUUUGUCUAGUCAUUCACAGACUGUCAUACAAUAAAAUUGUUAUUAGUAACAGUU